UUUGUCUCAGUAGCCAAUUCCUUCAUUACGUAUUUACUUUCAUUUUCCGUAUUAUAUGGCUCUGGUGUUGGGAUUUGCUUUUCUGCUAAUUCAUUAGCCUUAAAUACAUAUUUCAAUAAACGACGUCGGCGUGCAGUGUCUCUUUCCUGGACAGUGGCAGCUUUAGGACCAAUAGUGACACCAUAUUUGAUCACAAUGCUUUUACCACAAUAUGGUGUCCAGGGCACAGUACUUUUGGCAGCUGGACUUUCCAUGCAUGCGUUGGUAUCCGCUCUGAUACUUCAACCAGCUCAGAGGCAUGCUAAGCAAAAUGUUCACAUCACUGAAGAAGGAUUGAAAAAUGAACAAUUAUCAGAAAGCUAUUAUAAAGAAAAUUCGAAUGGAUGCAACACCCCUCUGGCAAGUCGAGCAAGUAAGAGCAACUUCUCGAGUCAAUAUUUUUCAAACGAUUUCGUAGAAAGCACUACCCCAAUGUUGUCAAGAGCAAAUGAUGGCUGGUAUUCUUCUUUAUCAAGUUCGAGAUUAUCAUUGGUAUCAAAAAAAUAUACCAACGAUGUAGAUUCAGGUGGAACUUUGAUUCCAAAAUCAUCAUUUAGCAAUCUCACUGAGAACAGAUCUAAGAAAGCAUCAAUAAACAAUUUAGCCGAAUUGCGGUUGGAAAAAAGUCGAGAUACAUUGACAAUGCCAGAUCACAAAUUGAAACUGCAGAGAUCUUACAGUGGAACUUCAACAACUAACGAGGAAGAUAAUGUCAGAUCAUCUACAAAUCCUGUUAAUAAUAAAAAUAAUAUUCCAGAACAGAGAUCAAGAAAAAAAGAAUCUGAGAUAGAAGAUUGUCCUAGCAAUAAAGCUCCACAAGAUUUACAAGAUAAUGAAAAGUUAGCACUGUCUAUAAUUCAGAACAGCGAAUCGGAAAAACAUCAAUAUGAAAACAAGUUAAAACCUAACGGUUAUAAAAAUAAAAAUAACUUUAAUGAUGGUACUACGUUAGACACGAAGAGUUCGUGUGUAUCGAAACAUAAUAAAUCAGAGGAAAAAGACGUUCUAAUCGAAGCAUCUAAAAGGUUAGAGAUAUAUGCAUCAGAUUUCAAUUCUAGCAAGAAAAAUACUUCGCCAUAUGAAGAACGUCUUAUAAAAAAUGAAGAAGAUGAUUUAAAAGUAGUAAAAGUGCACCACACAUUGUGGCAAAAAAUUAAGAUAUUUUUUGAUUUAGAUCUUUUGAAGGAUUUCACAUAUGUAAAUCUAAUGAUUGGCAUCAACAUUGCUAACUUUGCUGAGAUCAAUUUUUCAAUAUUAACGCCAUUCAUUCUUGCCGACUUCGGAUUAGAAAAAGGACAAAUUGCAAUAGUCAUGUCUCUAUUAGGAGGGAUGGACAUAUUAGUGAGGUUUCUAAUACCAUUUGCAACCGAGCGCAUUCCAUGGCAAAACAAAAGUUUCUUUCUAUUUGGAGUUUUGGGAAUGGCGUUUGGAAGAUUAGUGUUAAUAUAUUUCCACUCGUAUCCUGUGAUUUUGUGUGCAUGCGCAUGGAUUGGCCUAAACAAGGCCUUGCGGACAGUCUUCACCUACCUCGUUAUUGCUAGUCAUGUUCCUUUGCAGAGGCUGCCUGCUGCUACCGGUAUACAAUUAUUAUUCGCUGGUCUGAUGUAUACAAUUGCUGGUCCAGUCGUUGGAUGGAUUCGCGAUACGACUGAUUACCCAACGACAUUGCACUGUCUCAAUAUUCUAACAUAUGCAACUGCAAUCUCUUGGAUAGGCGAGUCUUGGUACAGAAAACGUUCUGCAUCCUCCAGUUGUGAUUCUUGA